ACGCGUUAUUCACCAAUAUAUAACCAUGUUUAAUUAGUUUUUGUUCCCACAUCUCCACUGCGCAUUCCUCGUUCCAUCCUUAAUUUGUCUGUAUAGCAUUUUAAUUUGCAAGCUGGCCAUGGCCACCGUGCAAAGAUCGACUCCACCGUUCUACAACUUCCUCAAGGAAGGUUUCCUCCUCCCUAGCCGCAACCGGAGCUUGUUCGUGGCGGUCUUCUUGCUCGUCGUCGCCUCCACGUCGGUUCUCCUCCUUGUCAAUGACCUCGCCGUCCAGCCCAUCGCCAUGGAGAUCCUCCUCGACGCCAAGGCUCUCAACACCACCGAUCCCAUGAGCCCGGACUUCACCAAGCUCGUCAAAGAAAUCCAGGACGACACCCGGGAGCUGAUGAUCGCCACCGCGGCCUACUCACUGUUCGCCGUCGUCAUCGGCUUCGCCAUCCGAAUCAUCAUCCUCUUCGGCGCAGUGGCCACGUUCUCCGGCGAGCAGCACACCUUUGGCACGCUGUUGGGCAAAGCCAGGACGCAGCUCAAGGGCCCGUUGCUGACGCUGGCCUUUGUAUUCUUCCUGGAGAUCGCCUACGUCGCGCUUCUGGUGGCCAUGGCCGGACUCCUCGCCUUCCUCAUGGUGAAGAAGUACUACGUUCCGUUUCUUCUGCUGUCGCUGUUCGUCCUCGUCGGGUUCAUCUUCCUCGUCUACUUCUCCGUCCUCUGCUCCUUCAGCGUCGUCGUGUCCGUGGCUGAGCCCUGGUGCCACGGAGCCGGCGCGUUCGGGCGGGCGUGGAGGCUGGUGAAGGAGAAGAAGCGGCGCGCCGUGCUCUUCGUCGCCGCCAUCUCCGUGCUUGCUGCCAUAGUCUCGGCGGUAUACAAGCUCUCCAUGGCAGGCGCGCGGAGCAGCAUCGUGGCUGGGUUGCUUCUUGGCCUCGUCUACGCGAUCCUGAUGGGCGCCGUGGAGUUGUUCGGUGUUUGCUCCCUCACCGCGUUCUACUACGAGUGCAAGGGGAGCAACGAGGUGGUGACUACUGAUCAGUACGUCAGAGUGUCCACUGAUGAACAACCUAAGCCUUGAAAUUACUAGCGUUAAUGUUGGAGUAUUAAUUACUGUGCUAUGUUGUUUUCCUUUCCUGAAUACAUUGUGUGGUGAAUAUAUAUAUGUAAGAAUUAAUGAGGUUUCCGGUGCAAUACAAUGGUUUUUCUUUCCCUGUUUUA